AUGAGAGAAAAGUAUUUAGAUGCAAUGUCAAUUGUUGGUAGGUUUGGAUCCCCAGAUCUAUUCAUUACAUUCACUUGCAAUCCUAAAUGGCCAGAAAUAUCAGAUAAUUUAUUAUACUCACAAACUGCAAGUGAUAGACCUGAUUUAGUAUGCAGAGUAUUUUCAUUAAAAUAUAAAGAAUUGAUUUAUGAUAUUGUAGAAAAUAAAAUAUUUGGAGAAGUAAGUGGUUAUGUUUACACUAUAGAAUUUCAAAAACGAGGCCUACCACAUGCCCAUAUGUUAUUUAUUUUGAAAGAUAAAAUAUUGAGUAGUGAAAUGAUUGAUAGAUUUGUUAGUGCUGAAAUUCCAGAUCCUAAUGUUUAUCCUGCAUUACAUGAAAUAGUCAAAAAUAAUAUGAUUCAUGGUCCUUGUGGUGCAAUGAAACCUAAUGCUUAUUGUAUGGAAAAUGGAAAAUGUGUAAAAGGGUUUCCAAAAACUUUUCAGAAUGAAACUUGCAUGGACAGAGCAGGUUAUCCUUCCUACAGGCGUAGAAAUGAUAUCAAAAUUACUAAAAAUGGUAUCACUUAUGAUAAUAGAUAUGUUGUUCCUUAUAAUAGGUACCUAUCAAAGAAAUAUAAUGCACAUAUCAACGUUGAAGUGUGUACAACUGUAAAAAGUGUAAAGUAUAUUUUUAAAUAUAUUUAUAAAGGUUAUGAUUGCGCAUGUAUUAAAAUAAUGCAUCAAGGAGUUUCGUUAUUAAUGUAUGAUGAAAUAGAAUCCUACUUAGAUUGUCGCUACAUAAGUGCAUGUGAAGCUGCAUGGAGAUUAUUUGAAUUGAAGUUACAUGAUCGGUCACAUAGUGUCAUUCGUUUACAAGUUCACUUACCAGGUGAACAAAAUGUAAUAUUUGAGAAAGGAAAUGAAGAUGUAGGUUUACAACGAACUAAGAGUACUCUUUUAGCUUGGUUUGAAUUGAAUAAAAAAGAUGCUGAUAGUAAAAAAUAUAAAUAUACUGAAAUACCUCAACAUUAUGUGUUCAAUAAGAGCAAACAGGUUUGGUCACCAAGAAAACAACAUUUCAAUGUUGUAUCACGAAUGUACAUGGUUCAACAAGCUAUGAAGACAUUCGUACUGUGA